GUUGGCGGCCAUCUUGCUCUGGGGCAAGCUGGCAACGCCGGUGUUUCUUGGCGGACCGCGGCUCCGGGGAGACGGUUGCCUUCGUGAGUGUGGACACGUCGGUGGCGCCAGAGCUGGCUGUGAAGACGUGCAGACCCACUGACAGACGGACUGGCGGCCAUAACGCGUGAGGGCGGAACACGACCGGUCGCACUGCCUGCGAACUUGGGAAAGGUUCGGGAUCUGUAUUUGACCUUUGCUCUGAGCUUCCUGGUAACCCGGACGAGCCUUGCACCUGGGUCCGGAGCAGAAAGCGCUGCACCGGUGCUCUCUCGGAUUUCACUCUGACCAUCUGCUUAUGAGCACCCGUUUCCUGGAAGAAGUGUCGCCUGAGCUGAGUCCUGGACUGUUGGGAAUUGGGGGGCGGGGCCCGGUACGCUCUGGAGCUGCCAGCCGACUGGUGUGAUUAAAAGAGGGCCAAGACUGUAUAUUACACUUUGAUUCUCCAAGGUAUCCAAUAAUUAUCGGGAGUUCAAUACCCUUCUAUUGGAUGAUACAUCGGCCUCAGGCCCAUUGCAUGAAAGCUAAGGACGCUUAUUCGAAGCGAAAACGUCAAUCACGUGUUUUAGGACGACUACCCGGAACGGUGUCUAGAACAGCCUGAAAUUCGAACCCCUCUCCAAAUUUGGGGAGGUGCCGGAAGAGUUUUCUGAGAUCACUUUUCUGAGCAUGAGCGGAAGUCACGCUUUGAGCAUUCUGCUGGGUUUUACUGAUAGGUGCCAUAUUCAGGACCGAGCAAUCCUUUUCCAUUCUGUUCUUCCCGUUGUACCCACAAGCAGGUGACCAGGUGACAAAUUUGUCUUCGCUGCUAGAAGAUAAAGAUCGCAUUUAAGGAAGUUUUAAGGCAGCCCAGCUCCCCGUCUUCCCAUAGUAAAGAUGGCGGCGCCCUGAAUGUGAGCGACAGGUAAAGCCACUUCCGCGUUUUUCUUGCGCCCUUGCCCAAGAUGGCGGACGAGGCCACCCGGCGUGUCGUGUCAGAGAUCCCGGUGCUGAAGACUAACGCCGGCCCUCGAGAUCGCGAAUUGUGGGUGCAGCGACUCAAGGAGGAAUAUCAAUCUCUUAUCCGGUAUGUGGAAAACAACAAGAAUGCGGACAAUGAUUGGUUCCGACUGGAGUCCAACAAGGAAGGGACUCGAUGGUUUGGGAAAUGCUGGUACAUCCACGAUCUCCUCAAAUAUGAGUUUGACAUCGAGUUUGACAUUCCUAUCACAUAUCCCACUACUGCUCCAGAAAUUGCAGUCCCUGAACUGGAUGGAAAAACAGCUAAGAUGUACAGGGGCGGCAAAAUAUGCCUGACCGAUCACUUUAAGCCUUUGUGGGCCAGGAACGUGCCCAAGUUUGGACUAGCUCAUCUCAUGGCUCUGGGGCUGGGUCCAUGGCUGGCAGUGGAAAUCCCCGAUUUGAUUCAGAAAGGCGUGAUUCAUCAUAAAGAAAAAUGCAGCCAAUGAAGGAUGGAGCCACUGAAGCCGGACACAGGGACCUUUGAUACACUAAUUUCCGUCUUCCUCUGCCCCUCUUCUUAACUCAUGUAACAGCUUCCCUCACACCCCUUCACCCUCAACUGUUAGUUACUAAGUAGCUGCAGCAGUACCAAAUUUCCAGCGUUGCUGGGGAAAGAAAAACAGUAUUACUACUGAAUUUCUAUGUUUGGCUACACAGGGAGGGGAAAGAUGGGGCUUUGAAAACCACAGGCAGUUUACACCUCUUGCCUGGUGGAACAGUAUGAGAUCCUGGAGGGGUGGGGGGUACUGAACGUGUGUGUGUGUGUGUGUGUGGAGUCUUUUCGGUUUCUGGAGAUAACUCAUCAAUAAAAGCUGCUUCCUCCGGUG